AUGUCUAUCCAAAGCUCCCCUAAACCUUCCUUCGAGUCCGAAGAUAGCGCGGAGUCUAUCCAAAGCUCAACUCAGUCUGCGGUCUCUUCUCAUCGACCCAGUAUCUCCUUUGACGCCAACGCACGCAGUCAAAGUCCGCGCCGCCGAUCCAUCCAAUUCAACGUCGGCAACGCGGAAAUGCAACUGCCCAAUCGCUCUCACAAUAUCAAGGAGAGGCGGCUUUCAUACGCCGAUGCACCGGUCAGAGAUCUAGAUGUAGAAAGAGAACCGCGGGCUCUAUCUACAAGUCGUGGACCUUCUCCGCCGCCGCCAAAGACUUAUGAGCGUGGUGUUUCAUUCAAUACCUUUGAUAACCGCGAUGCUUCAGAUUUCUCCCUGACACUCAACUACAAGCAUAAGGGGUAUCAGAGUACGCGGCGGAGCAGGACGUUUCUGUGUGGCACGGACCAGAAUGAAUACUCCGACUUUGCUCUUAAUUGGUUGAUUGAUGAGCUGGUCCAGGAUGGAGAUGAGAUUGUUUGUCUUCGUGCUGUGGAGAAGGACUCGGCCAUGGCGAGUGACGCUGGUAUCGAAGAGGGCAAGUACCGCCAGGAAGCCAAGCGGCUGUUCGAACAAGUCAUUCAGAAGAACAGCCAAGAUGAGAAGGCUAUCAGCUUGGUCUUGGAGUUGGUAGUAGGCAAAGUGGAGGAAAUCAUUCAACGAAUGAUCCGCAUCUACGAGCCUGUCAUGCUCAUCGUCGGAACCCGAGGUCGAAACCUCCAGGGUGUACACAGUCUCCUCCCCGGCUCAGUCUCCAAAUACUGUGUCCAGCACUCACCAAUCCCGGUGAUCGUCGUCCGCCCCUCGCCCAAGCGCGAGAAGAAAAAGAAGAAGCGCCGCGCGGACCCAACGCGACGCAGCUAUAACCACAUUCUCGAAAUGAGCGAGAAACGUGGCAGUCGCGUCUUCGACGGUACCUCCAGCACCGAAGGCAGCGCCCUCAAACUGCCCGGCGAAGAAGCUGCCGUCGCAUCGGCCCUAGGCCCCCCCCCAUCCUACUCCCGCAACCACUCGCGGAGUUCGCUGUCGGUCUCAGACCGAAGCAGCCUGAGCAUCGACGAUUCGGAUCCUGCCUUUCCCGUGCCUUACUCUCUAGACACGGUGCUCAUGAGAAGUCCCUUGAGUGGUAGCUCUGCUAGCUCGGAGGAGAUUGUGGUGGUCAGCGAGCCAAGCCCACAGCGAUCUAGUUCGCCAGAGGCUCAGGCUCCGCUGCCACCAAACUCGCCCUCCGAGCAGGAGCAAAACUCACCGGACGACUCAGAGCGCCCAGAGGUGGAACUGGAGAUGGCAGGGUCCGAAUCGUCCGAGGCCACUGCGAAGCGGCUGUCGAUCCCUGUGAUCGAAGUCUCUGCGGAGAGUGAGGGGAUAGAGACGGCUACGGCUGAGUGA